AUGGACCUAAAUGGCGAUUCGACCGAAGCCCGUGUCAAGCGCAAGCAACCUCCCAGUCCGUCCAACGACCGCCCUAUGAAGCAAUUUAAACCCGAGUCUGAGUCUCACGACCAGAAUGGUGCAUACACGCCCGGGAGCUCUGAUGAGCGUUCCCUCAGCGAAGCAGGAUCCCCGAUCAUCGAAGAAACAUCUGGUGACAUCACGCCCGCGCACAUCUCCGGAGCGGCGCUCCACGAUACCGCAGCAUGGCAAAAGACCAUCGAGAAGGUCGUGAGGAACGUUGUUUCGAUACAUUUCUGCCAGACGUAUUCUUUUGAUACUGAUGGCGCUGUCUCCUCCGAGGCUACGGGUUUUGUCGUAGAUGCGGAGAGAGGAUACAUCCUCACGAACAGGCACGUCGUCGGCGCUGGUCCCUUCAUUGGAUACUGUAUAUUCGAUAAUCACGAGGAGUGUGACGUCUACCCUGUCUACCGCGACCCGGUCCACGAUUUCGGCAUCCUCCGAUUCGAUCCCAAGGUCAUCAAAUACAUGCCCCUCUCCGCGCUUCAACUUCGCCCAGAUCUGGCUAAGGUUGGUGUGGAGAUCCGCGUGGUCGGAAACGAUGCGGGAGAGAAAUUGAGUAUCUUGUCUGGAGUGAUCAGUCGGUUGGAUCGCAAUGCACCCGAGUAUGGCGAGGGUUAUUCGGAUUUCAACACAAACUACAUCCAGGCUGCGGCGGCUGCUAGUGGAGGAAGUUCUGGAAGUCCUGUAGUCAAUAAGGAUGGCUUUGCUGUCGCGCUGCAGGCUGGCGGAAGGGCAGACGGUGCUGCGACAGACUACUUCCUUCCACUAGAUCGACCCCUUCGGGCGCUAGAGCUCAUAAGAGAAGGCAAAGACGUCUCUCGGGGAACCAUACAGACUCAAUGGAUCCUCAAGCCCUUUGAUGAGUGUCGCAGACUUGGUCUUUCUUCCGAAUGGGAGAAGGCCAUCCGAACAAAGUUCCCUAAAGAGACAGGCAUGCUUGUUGCGGAAGUCGUUCUACCAAAAGGACCGGCAUCUUCGCAUAUCGAGGAGGGUGAUCUGCUCAUCCAGGUCAACGGAGAGUUGAUAACUCAGUUCGUUCGCCUGGACUCGAUAUUGGACGACAGCGUUGGCAAGAAAGUCUCGCUGAUGAUCCAGCGCGCUGGCGAGGACAUGACUGUCGAGCUAGACGUUGCUGAUUUACACGCAAUUACUCCAGAUCGUUUCGUGUCUGUGGCUGGCGCCAGUUUCCAUGACCUUUCCUAUCAGCAAGCUCGACUGUACGCGAUUUCUCUCGAGAACGCUGGUGUUUUUGUCUGCGAAGCCGCGGGUUCGUUCCGCUUCGCAGAUGGCUAUUCUUCUGGAUGGUUGGUGCAGGAGGUGGACAACAAGCCAACACCAACCCUUGACGCAUUCAUCGAGGUCAUGAAGUCGAUUCCCGAUAGGAAACGCAUAGUCAUCACAUACAAGCAUCUACGAGAUCUGCACACAACCAACACGAGUAUCACAACAGUCGACCGCCAUUGGCACAAGACGAUGCGAUUGGCCAAGCGUAACGACGUGACAGGACUUUGGGACUUCAGCAACCUUUCGGAGGCCAUCCCUGCCGUGCCACCGAUCCCACGAAGAGCCAAUUUCGUCAAGCUUAGUUCGAAAUACCCUGAGGCCGUUGAUAUCGUUCGUAGUUUCGUGCGUGUGCACGUGGCUAUGCCCGUCAAGCUUGAUGGAUUCCCCAAGGCCAACAAGCAAGGCUACGGUCUCGUAGUGGAUGCCGAACAAGGACUGGUCCUUGUAUCCCGUGCCCUCAUUCCAUACGACCUAUGUGAUAUUUUCUUGAUCAUCGCCGACUCCAUCUUCGUGGAGGCAAAGAUUGUUUUCCUUCACCCUCUUCAGAACUACGCGAUCGUCAAGUACGACACAUCACUUGUCAAUGCGCCAGUCAAGACUCCCAAGUUCUCUACCGAGUUCAUCAAGAAAGGAGAGGACACAAUCUUCUUCGGUUUGAACCAAAACUUUAGGCCAGUUGUUGCGAAGACCGUCGUCACCGACAUCACCACAGUUGCUAUUCCUGCUAGUGCGGUGACACCAAGAUAUAGGGCUACGAAUGUGGAUGCCAUCACGGUUGAUACGAAUCAGGCCUCACACAGUGCCUGUGGUGUGUUGAUCGCAGAAGACGGCACGGUGCAAGCACUUUGGCUUUCAUAUCUCGGAGAGAGGGGAUCGCACAGUGGAAAGGACGUCGAGUAUCACUUGGGUCUAGCUACGCCGAUGAUUCUGCCAGUUCUCCGCGAGAUCCAGAGUGGUAAUACCCCGAAGUUGAGGAUCUUGAACGUUGAAUUCCAGACGGUUCAGAUGAGUCAAGCCCGCGUCAUGGGCGUCAGCGAGAACUGGAUCGAGAAGACAGAACAUGAGGAUCCCGAGCGCCACCAGCUGUUCAUGGUGCGGAAGGUGGACUCUGGACACGAGGAUGGCCUGCAAGAGGGCGACGUCCUACUCACUCUCAACGGCAGGCUAGUGACCCGUGCUCCUGACCUAGACGUAAUGUACAAUAACGAGUUCCUCGACGCUGUCGUUGUGCGUAAACGCGAGGAGCUCUCCAUCAAGGUCCCAACUGUGGCAACGGAAGAUCUGGAGACAGACCGUGUUGUCAUUUUCUGCGGCGCCACCCUUCAUCGACCGCAUCAAGCCGUCCGCCAACAAAUCAGCAAAAUCCACUCUGACGUCUACAUCUCCUCACGGGGACGCGGGUCGCCAUCAUACAUGUACGGCCUCGCGCCAACCAACUUCCUCACCCACGUCAACAACGUGCCCACGCCCGACCUCGACGCCUUCCUAACCGAAGUCAAGAAGAUCGGCGACAACGAGUACUUCCGCCUCAAGGUCAUGACCUUCGACAACGUGCCGUGGGUCGCCACCAUGAAGAAGAACGAACACUACUUCCCCACCAUCGAGUACGUCAAGGACAGCGCCGAGCCGCUCGGCUGGAAGAAAAUCAUGCACGAGUUCGACGAGGGCGGCGCCCGCGACGAGACGGCUAUCGUGGACGUCGAAAUGGACGCUGGAAACGAAGAGACAAUCGACUCGGGGAACUUGAAUGGAGAUGCUAAUAAAGAUGAUGCGCCGGCGUAG